AUGGGUUCGAAGCCUAAUUCAGCGCUCAAGAUUGUCUUUGGGGCUAUGACCCUGGGUGAAAAAGGCGCAAACCAAGCUCGUGUCCAUACCUUGGAAGAGUGCGCCGAGAUCCUCGAUGUGUUUCAAGAAUUUGGCCACUCAGAGGUCGAUACAGCCCGUGUCUAUGGAGGAGGAAGUUCGGAGCGGUUCCUUGGACAAUUGGAGUGGCAGAAGAGAGGCAUUGUCAUGGAUACGAAGCUGGCGCCUCACGGAGAAUACGACCAUACGCCAGCCAGUAUUCGAAAAGGCCUCUUAGACAGCUUGAAGGCUCUUGGGACAGACAAGGUCGACAUGUGGUACCUUCAUGCGCCUGACCACAACACGCCAUAUGAGGAUACUCUCCGCGAAGUCAACAAGCUAUACGAAGAAGGCUACUUCAAACGCUUCGGCAUCAGCAACUACUCUGCAUGGGAGACUGCCCAGCUCUGUGAAAUCAGCAUCCGCAACGGAUGGAAAAAGCCUGACGUCUACCAGGGCGUGUACAACGGCCUCCACCGAGCGGUCGAGCCAGAGCUCUUCCCCUGUCUCCGAUACUACGGCAUAGCCUUUUACCAGUAUAAUCCCUUGGCUGGAGGCAUCCUCACUGACAAGUACAAGCUCGACUAUACGGAGCAUGAAGAGGGCAGCCGCUUUGACCCCAAGCGACCACAAGGAGCUCAGUAUCGUGCGAGGUACUGGAACGAGACAUACUUCAAGGCACUAGAUAUCGUGAGGCCUGUUGCGGCCAAGCUCGGCAUUCCCACUGCCGAGGCUGCCUUGCGAUGGUCUCUCCACCACAGCUUGUUGAAGAAGGAACACGGCGAUGCCAUCAUCAUUGGUGCAAGCAGUGCUCGCCAGUUGAGGGAGAAUCUGACGAGCUUGGAAAAGGGGCCGUUGCCAGAUGAGCUAGUCGCGGCGUUUGACGAGGGAUGGGAAGUGGCUAAGCCAGUUUGCAGACCUUAUUUUCGCUAA